AUGAGUGAAUUGAAAACCAUCAAAGAUCUGCGUUCCAAUUUCACAGCCAUCAAAAAGAUUGUUCAGGAUGGCGUUGCACAGGAACCUAAUUCAAACACUUUAGGCACAAUUAUACGCUUGUUACAAAAGUAUGAAUAUGAUCCGAAAGAAUUUUUUGGUACGGAGAAAGGCAUUGAUGAAUAUUCAAUGUUGGAAUUAAAUAUUUGUGAUGACAGUAGUGAACAGAAUAUUUGUAUGAAAACGAUACUGUUGAUUAAUUCGUUUUGGUUAUUGGAGGUGAAACUUGCUGCUAAGAAUGCAAAAGAGUUUCGGCUAUUUUUUAAUUGCAUUGAAAAGAAGGUUUUAACAAAGUUUUUUGAUUGCCUGCAACGAAUUUAUAGAGAAUCAAAUGAAGGAGAGCUUAAAGAGUUCACAAGUGGAAUGGAAAGUUUGGAGAAAUGGCAACAGUUCAUUUUACAUUUGUACAUGUGUAUGAAUAGUGACAUUUAUACUGGCGCUAAUUCCCUAAAUAAUAUAAUGACAUCACGUCCAACUAUAUUAUUAUCAUUAGUGCUUUAUCAACAUUUUUCUGAAAAGAAGGAAAAAUUCUUGAAUGAGAAUCCUGGAAAAUCAUUCAAUUUGACAAUAACUGAAAAUUAUCUCCUUUCUACUGCAAUUCUUAUUUCUGAUGAUUAUGACCUCGACGAGAUGAGUUCAGAAUUAAAGCUUACCAUGGACCACAUUUCAAAAGUGUACAUUGAAUAUUUAUACAAUUUGGUAGGGUUGACCUUUGAACAAGAUACUCCAAAUCUAGUAUCGCUUGGUAUUGUUUCUGUGGCCCAACUAUCAAUACGUAAUUGUGAUUUUGUUCAAAGAUUAAUCAAAGAUGAUUACAGAAUUAUACAAAAUACAGAAAAUUCAGUUAUUAUCACAGAAGAUUUCAUUAGUGAGAAAGUUCCAGACAUCCAAAAUAAGAAACGAAACCGUGGCGAAAGUGCUUUGGCGGUCAAAAUUAAGCUGUUAACUCUAAUUGAUAUUUUGCUAGAUGCUGAUUUUGAAGAUUUCAAUGAAAAUCAAAAGCGAUUGCUAUUUUCCAAAAAUAGUACAAUUAGAGCAAGAACUUUCCGUUCCCUUUCGGAUUUUUUCACUAAAACUAGUUAUUAUUCUGACGAUUUGAUGGAGGCAAUUAUCAAAUCACAUGAAUUGAAUUUAGAGGAGGUACCAGAUUAUUUUGACAUGUUGAGAGGAAUUGCCAAAAUUAUGACAAACGUAAAAAUUGGUGAAUCUGUUGCGGAAAGCUUCAAAUCCUUAAUAUUUACCUUAUUUGAAAACAUUUGUGUGGAAAAUUUUUUGGUCAGUUUAAAAAAAACAAAUGACGAAAGGAAGAAAAUGCACUAUAUGAACAUUGACAAAUUCUUUCGUAUGAUAGAGGUUACGUAUCUCAUGAUGGUAAAUGAUAUUGACCUAUUAGAAAGAUUGCUUGUAUUCAUUGAAAAACAGACAGAGGUUAUGAAGUGCACUUUAUCAAGUGACCUUCUUCCAUCAUUUGCCUUGACCCUUAAAGAAAUUAUCAAAUCAACUGAUAGAAAUACUCUAUUGGAGGUGUUUGACCAGCUAGAAUAUUAUCCAUUCUUGGUCAAUUUUAUUUCAUUUUACUUUGCUAAUGGUGACGCAGAUCCAAACUUUGAAAUGAGUCCAAUAUUCACAUUGUUGGGAUGCUUUAGCGAUUCCACGAUACUGCACACCCAUUUUUCCUUUGUUUCUGAGGUACUUGGCGAAGAUCAAGAUUAUAUCUAUGAUUUCUUAUUGCCAAUUAUAAUCCGUAAUGCCAUUCUACCAAAAUCUGCUUUGGAAACUACUGACCCAGACCAAGCAAUAUUCUUUGUAGAAAAGAUCAAAGAAGUUCAUUAUGCACUGAGCAGAAUAGUGAGCAAUGAUAUUUUAAUUAAUGGAGGAGUAAUCUCUUCUAUGAUAUUGCAACAAACUAUUGGUCCAAUAACUAGUAAUGCAACACAACUCAAAGCAUUCGAUAAUCUGGUUGAAUCGGAUUUACUAAACAAGUACAUGGAGAACAUGUUCUUUACCAUGCUUGCUUGUGGAAAGGAGACACUGAAACAGUUCCCCCAACUUGCCAAAAUUCUUUCCCAUCUGUAUGAUACUACAUAUUCAAAGGAAUUUCCUGAUAGUGAGCAAUUCUUAUUUUCCUCCUUUUUGGAAUUAAUGGAAUACGCAAUUGAUAAUGAAGUUUUAAAAGUUGGAUAUAAUGAAUGUGAAUGGAUGGAAAAUGCUGAAGUAAAUAUCAUUCCCAAAUGUAAAUCAUCUCUGAGAUCUCAAUGUAAAAGAGUCAUUAUGAAGAUAUUGAUAGAACUUAAAUACGAAGAAGAUAGUGAUUGA